GGAAAUGUUCCGACGUACGUAGGAGAGUAAGCUUGCUUUGAGAAUGCACACUGUCAGACCAGAAGGAGUACAUCAACGCAGUAUAGCGAAAUCAUCGUCACUGAGCAUCAGUAAACAUAAGUAGGGCUAAAAUCCAGUGCGCAGAAACAAUGACUACACGAAGUACUCCUGUAGACGCUCCUCUGUUUACCUAAGCAGUACAUAUCGUUGAUACGGGAAGUGAUCACACCAAGAGAGAUGGACAACUCCGUGAUUGCCAAAAGUGGAUGGCUAAACAGGCAAAGCAAAAUUCUCAAGAAGUGGAAACGCAGCUGGGUUGAGCUGUAUCGUGAUGGUCACUUGAAGUACUACGAGACGAACCACAGUCCCAAUGCAGAAGAUGUCAUAUUCAUGCCUACGGAAUGUGUCGCAGUGAAGACAGGUGCUCAGGUUGAAGGAGCUCAGGUAGUGCCUACCAUGAAUGCACAGUGUCUUUUUUCGGUCAUGGCAACAAACGGCAAGACCUGGAUCUUCUGCGGAGAAACGCUGGAUGAUAUGAGAGCCUGGCAGCUGGCAUUGGAACAAGCGAGGCUGAUGGGGGUGCAAACGAGGGUCUGUGCGCAGAAUCCAUACUUGCAGCCGCCACCACCUUACAGUGCAAGCUGCCGAGUUGUAGGUGAACCGUCGGUGACCUAUGUUUCACAGACAAACGUUGGCUACCCUCCGUACUAUGGUUACCCUCACUUGACUUUAGGUGUAGGUGUGGUACGGCACGUUCCGCAUACCACAGUGGUGGUACAUAGAAGCCGUGGCAUGAUGGGAACUCCACUAGUUUAUUCGGAGAGGUACUACUCCAACCCAGCCAUGCCGUACUUGUGGGGUCCGCUCGUCUGGUGGUGAACCGGAUGAUUUGCGACAAACAAGGACUUUGAUGUAGACUUUCAGUGUUUUUAAGGACACGGAGAAACAGUUGAACAUUCUUUGUGGACCUUUUGUAAGAACAGUAACAGAACCCUGGACUGUUAGAAAGUCAACUUUUGCAGUCCCACAGUCAGCACUAUCUUUGACACAAAGCUAUCUAGAUGUGUAUGUUUUAACACAUGCAAUCUUAUUUUCCAUGCACCAUGGUGCCUGGGGGUUUAUAGCUGAAUAGAAUUUGAGAUAGUGACAGCUGUCUACAGCGGCUAAGAUUAAAAAUUUGAACGGGGUCGUCAUGGUAUUCAACGCGGACAUGUGGUUACUGGCAAAAUCACUUAUUGAGAUGUCUUGAGUAUGUAAAAGCAAGAUGGCAUUUUACUUGUUUUGAAAAACAAUGUAUUGUUCAGUGUAGUGAGAAAUUUAUGCACAUUUGUGUGCAUAAAUUGGUCUAUUGCAUUCUAGUCAGCAAAUCGCACACGUUUCAGUGUGAUGGCUUUAAUUUUUUUUAAAAGGCCACUAGGGUGCAGAAAAAUUUCUCACGGAAUGAAUGAUGCCGUUGUCUUGACAGCAACACAAAAAGAAAUUGGAUUAAUCUGUUGCAUCGUUCAUGAUUAAUGAGUGAAAGAAUUUCACAUUUUCUCUCUCCCUCUCCUUCUCAAGGAGGCCGACAAUGCGGAGCGGGCUCUCAUUGGUCUCCUCAAACGAUUUGUCCAAUCACAGCGGCUGAUCGUUUGAGGAGACCAAUCCGAGGCCUCCCAUUGAUGAAUCCCAUUCCUCUUGUGUCUGUGUUACGGCAACAGCAUCUGUAAUUCCGGUAGGAUAAAUUUUUGCACUUUAGUGCCCCUUUGAACUAGAAUAGAAAAGACUCACGAUUGAUUAGUGAUGUUUGUGAAGGGUGAAACCAUAUUAGCAUGGACAUAUAUCGCACUAUAUUGAGAACUCGCUACUACUACAAGUAUAACUAUAAUGAAGCAUGGUUUACAGCAUUCCUGUUUUACGUAUGUUGCUAUUUUAUGUUACGUUAUCUACUUUCCUUUCAAUAUAUUUUUAUAGGUUUGCAAAGAUCCCGAACAACUUCAGUGUCUGUUCCUGUGAAAUAAACUAGUCAUCAUAGUGGAUUGUA